AUGGUCCUUGCACUGGCAUCGGGUGACCACAGUCGUCUCACCAUAGCUACAGCCAGGACAACCACACUCGAAUCGAGUCGCUAUGCAGCAUUCGACACGAUCCGCGAGAAGGUCAGCUAUGAUUCCCAGCUGGUUCCACCACGACAAGAGGACAACGGCAUGAAGCACUCGCAGACGGCCAUACCACUUCCCUGUUCACAAUGCCUGAUUACAUCCAUGGAGGCCGCCCUGGAAUACUCGAAUGGCACACGUGCGGACGCAAAUACUGGCAUGUGGCUACAUCACGUCGUCUUCAUCAAUCGCGCUAGAAAUGACAGCGUCUGCUCCGACAAUAUGCCCCAACGGUUCUUUGCAUCCGGCAACGAGCGGACUCGAGUCGAUCUCACGGAUCAAGGGACUCAUAAGAUCGGUUACCCGAUCCUCGCCAACGAUGCUUUCAUCAUGUCCAGCGAGCUCAUGAACAUGCUUGGUAAUCCCCAAGAAGUCGUACUUAGCAUGAUCUGGGAGUACGUACCCUCAAUCCCGGACGAUUUCAAGCAAGCCGUUCCCUACUGGCUCGAUGUAGGCGGCUGCGGCGACUCAAACGUCCCUGCUCAGGCGAACAAGAAGUUUCACUACAAGAGUCCUGCCGUGACAGCAGAUUUCGACGGUGAUAUCGCUUUCGUAGCUGGACAUCUCCAUGACGGUGGGACGGAGGUCAAUUUACUGAAGAACGGGCUCAAGGCUUGCACUUCCUACGCUACCUAUGGGAAAUCGAAUGAUGCAGCAGAUGGCACCAGCCAUAUUACUAGCAUGCAACAUUGCGUGAACGUUGGUAAAGUCCAAAAGGGGCAACGAUGGUCAAUUAAGGCUUUAUAUGACACGGCCAGACAUGCACCGAUGAAGUCGAAUGACGGGUCCCUUGAGCCCGUCAUGGGUAUAGCGCUGGCAUACAUCACGCCCUCUGAUCCGAAUAACGCACCACAUCUGGGUCGGACGUCCAUCAUCUUUGCAGCAAUUCUCUCAGUCAUGAGUGUCGGCUUGUUGGGGUUGUAUUUUGCCAGGACGAGGCCGAUGGAUGGCUGGUGGGCACGAAUACGUAAGGGGAGGUACCAGAGAGUGCAACUUAGUGGGAACGAAGACGACGAAGCAGACGAGAACUUGCUGCCCUAUGAUAAUGACGAUCCCCGACAGUGA